AUGGCUGAUUCCGCAGACCAAGAAACCUUUGCUCCUUUCUUAUCAACCUCAACAUUGACAUAUAAGUAUGAUGUCUUUGUUAGUUUUCGAGGGGAAGAUACCCGCACUAAUUUUACCGACCAUCUCAUUACUACUUUAGAGGGCAAAAAGAUUCGUGUGUAUAAAGAUGACAAAAACCUUCCCAGGGGAGAAUUUAUUUGGACUGAGCUGAUGAAGGCAAUCGAAACGUCAAGGAUUGCAGUUGUUGUGUUCUCAAAAAACUAUGCUACUUCGAAUUGGUGCCUAGAUGAGCUGGUGAAGAUCAUGGACUGCAAAAGGGUGUUGAAUCAAAGGGUGCUACCUAUUUUCUAUAAUGUGUCUCCGUCCGAGGUGCGAGAUCAAAAAGGGAAUUUUGCGGAAGCACUCCCUAAUGGCCCCGAAGUCAUGGUGAAUAGUUGGAAGGCUGCUUUGAAGGAUGUUGCAAACUUAUCGGGCUUGCAUUUGAAUCCGUUUCGGUAA